AUGAAAAUUAUUAGAAUAGUAAAUAAACAUAAAUGAAACGAUGAAGAAAAAAUUCAUGACAAGUUAAUGUUUAAUCUCUGUUAAAUAUGAAAAUUCAAAAGAUAAUAUUAAAGACCGCCAUGAAUUUAUGUCCGAAUCACGUGAUCAUUACUAUCGUAGGAUUAACUCUCGUUACGAGAGAUAUGACAUCUUGACAAACAAAAAGGAAGAUAUUUUUUUAUGAAGAAUGGCUCGUGAUUCUUUCUUAUUUGGAUUGCUCAUGUUCGGAUGUAGCAUACAUGCAUUAAUGGCUACAUCCGAUGACGAUCAACUGGAUUAUAUGAAUAAAGAAGAACGUGAAGCAUUGAAGGAUGAAGCAAGGGAUAUGUUUUAUCACGCUUACAAUGCUUAUAUGGAAAAUGCUUAUCCUGCGGAUGAGUUAAUGCCAUUAAGCUGUAAGGGCCGAUAUAGAGGAUCGGAGCCAAAUAGAGGUGAUAUUGAUUCUACAUUAGGAAAUUUUUCCCUUACAUUAGUGGAUACCUUAGAUACACUUGUGGUGUUAGGUGAUUUGGAAGAAUUUGAAAAUGCAGUAAAGCUUGUUGCUAGAGAUGUCAGCUUUGAUACAGAUGUAAUAGUGUCUCUAUUCGAAACUAACAUCAGAAUGCUUGGAGGUCUUUUAAGUGGUCACUUAUUAGCUGAAUAUUUGCAACAAAGGGCUGACAUAAUGCCAUGGUAUAGAGGCCAAUUAUUAGGUUUAGCCAAAGAUUUAGGAUACAGAUUUUUACCUGCAUUUAAUACAUCUACUGGAAUACCUUACGGCAGAAUUAAUCUAAAAUAUGGUAUGAAAGGUGUUCCCACAGAAGUAUCAAGAGAGACUUGUACUGCUUGUGCAGGUAGCAUGAUAUUAGAAAUGGCUGCCUUGUCAAGAUUAACUGGAGAAUCAAUUUUUGAGGAAAAAGCACAAAAAGCAAUGGAUGUUUUAUGGAAAAUGCGUCAUAGAGGAACUGAUUUAAUGGGUUCUGUAUUGAAUGUAAAUUCAGGUGACUGGGUACGUAGAGAUUCGGGUGUAGGAGCAGGUAUAGACUCCUACUAUGAAUACUGCCUAAAGGCUUAUAUUUUAUUAGGGGAUGAAAAAUACUUGGGACGUUUUAAUAAACAUUAUCAAGCUAUUAUGAAAUAUGUGAGUCAAGGGCCAAUGUUAUUAGAUGUACAUAUGCAUAGACCAAAUACAAAUUCAAAAAAUUUCAUGGAUGCUUUAUUAGCUUUUUGGCCUGGUUUACAAGUAUUAAAAGGAGACAUUAAGCCUGCAGUAGAGACACAUGAGAUGCUUUAUCAAGUCAUGCAAAGACAUAAUUUUAUACCAGAAGCUUUUACUACUGAUUUUCAGGUCCAUUGGGGACAUCAUCCAUUGAGACCAGAAUUUUUAGAAUCAACAUAUUUCCUCUAUCGUGCAACAGGUGAUCAUUACUAUUUGGGAGUUGGACGUAAAGUACUCAAAAGUCUUCAAACAUAUGCUCGAGUAUCAUGUGGCUACGCUGCUGUAUCGGAUGUUAGGACUAAUAAACAUGACGAUACUAUGGACAGCUUCGUGUUAUCUGAGACAUUUAAAUACCUUUAUUUAUUAUUCGCGGAACCAGCAGAUUUAGUCUUAGAUUUGGAUGAAUUUAUUUUUACAACUGAAGGUCAUUUACUUCCACUGACAUUAGCUUCAAUAAGAACAAAUGUUUCUUCCGACUUCGAACGAGAUUCUGUUCAAGUAGAUGAAUUUGAUCGGACAUGUCCCAAUAGUUUACACUUAUUUCCAGCAUCAGUUAGGCAACCCUUAAGAAACAUGGUGGAAGAUGUUUGUCCAAGACGUCCUAUAAAAAGAAGAUUAAGUGCAUCUCAAUUUCAAGCUAAUAAUUUGGAACAUUUAAAAAUAUUGAGUGAAAUGGGCAUAACAGCUUUAACAUUAGCAGAUGGAAGAGUGCAAUUAUUGCAUACAAUUUCUAAUGCAAGAACUCCACAAGACUCUGAAGAAGGUUUAUUAUUUAUGCAAGAAAUGGUUGAAUUUAGUAUAAUGCAGACGCAACAAACAGAAACUAAGCCACAAGCAGUUACAUUUAUAAAACCAAAAGCUUAUCCGCCACAAAAAGUUACAUUAUUGGCUGGACCAGCACAUUUUGGUCCUGAAUUACAUAGUUUUAAUAAAGUUACUGGAAAAGUUGUGUUCACAUACCCUCUUGCAGCUUGUACAGAUCUUCUUAAUACAGAAAAGUUGAAAAAUAAAAUAGUUAUCAUGAAACGUGGUGAUUGCAUGUUCAUGGAGAAGGCACGAAGAAUUCAAAAAGCUGGAGCUAUAGCAGGUAUAGUAUUAGAUAAUGUAUCUGGUACUAGUGCAGCAACAUCUCCAAUAUUUGCUAUGUCUGGUGAUGAAAAAGAAGUAGACGAUGUGACAAUACCUGUUGUAUUUCUUUUUAAUGUGGAAGCUACUGAAUUGAUUAAAGCUAUUAGUGCAGGUGGAGGUGAACUUGUCGUUACCAUUGGUAACUAUUUUUCAAAAGAUGAAGUUCAGUUAAAAGCACCUACUGACUUAUCAUUGUUUGAGCAACUAAAAGCCCCGUUAAAAUCUUUACUUGAUAUGAAUAAAAAAUUACAGAAUACUGAAAGAAAUGAUUUACAUGAAGAUAUAAAUUUUAAUAUCGAGAAUGAACAUCAGGACACUAUUGAUUUUAAUCAUUUAUCUGCACGAAUUAUUAAAGAUUCACUUGAAGGAGAGAUAAGGAUUACAAUUAAGUCAGAUGUACCAUCUAUUUACAUGACAAGAAAUUCAAAAUUAACUAUUUUACCGUUUACUGAGAUACAAUGGCAACAAUUGAAAGAAUUCUUUGUAAAUCAAUUGUACAACCUUGGAUCCAACCAAAAAUCUGAACUACGCAUUAGAACUUUUCUACUGAAAAGUUAUUACAACUUGAUAAUGGCAGAGCAAGGUGUCGAUGCAAAUGUUUAUAAUGCAGCAAGUUUGAAAGAAAAAAUUCUAUGGCUCUUAAAAGAAUUAAGCGAAGUUGCGCCAAAGCCAUCAAUGAUGGCUCAUUUUUUUAAUUCUAAUAAACUAACAAUAACUAACUAUAAUUUACUUACGAAAUUGGAUCGUACAGUCCUAUAUUCAAAAGAGAUUUCAACAAAACUUAAAGAAAUAAGAUCCAUAAUACCAAAUUUAAAACCGUUUAAAAAUAUCUCAACAUUUUGUUUAGAACAAAUUAAUAAUAGUAUUGUUUUACGAAAUAUACUACGAAAAUUAUUUGACGAAGAUAAAAUCAUUAAACAACAUUUGGAUCUUUUAUAUCAUGUUGGUAAAAGCGUGCAAAGUAUAUACCAAGAAAUAUUAAUGAAUAAUAGAGAAAAAGAUGUAGAUAAAUUUAGUGAAAAUAAAGAUCGUGAAUUUCUUAAACAAAAGGAAGAUUUAACUAAUGAUAAUAAUGAAAGUAACAAUGAAAUUAGUUUAAAGGAUCUAUUUAUAAAAUUGUUAGAUACAGCCAAAGAUUACAAUAAAAAAUAUGAAAAUUUUGAAAAUAUUAUGUGGACAGAGAUAGAAAAAGUUGAAAAAAAUAUUGAACAAAAUAAUUUACAAGAAUAUGAAGAUGAAUCUAAUAUUUCUAAUUAUAUAGAAGUUAAAAAUAAUGCAAAUAAAAUGAUUACUGAAUCAGAUAAAAUGUCCAUUCAAUCUAAUGUAUUAAAACGAAGCAAAAACGGAAGUAAUAUAAAGAAAAAUAAAAUUGAAGAUAUAGAAGAAAAAGAAUUAGUAUCUUUAGACAUAAAACAGAAAAAUGUAAAUUCUAUAGAUAAGAAAGUUCCAAAUAAGAAACAUUCUGCAGAAGCUUUAUACAAGAAAACUUCAUUAAACGAUGGUAAUCUUUUAUAUCCGGUUUCCAAAGAAAUAAUAAAGUCAUACACUAGAGAUCCUGGAUCACAAGAUGAGAUUCAAAAAAUUUUACAAGAAAUUCAGGAUGGAAUCGGUGAUAAAAUUAAUAAUAAUAAUAAUAAAAAUAAUAAUAAUAAUAAUAAUGAUAAAGAUAAUGAU